AUGAACGUUAUUAUUUUUCUAGUUUUUGCCAUUUCUAUGGUAACUGGGUUGAAACCUGUUACACCAACAAGCGUGCCAUUACACUAUAAUUUGCCAUUCGAGAUUUUCAAGAAUUACAGAGUAGUUCAGGAGCCCAGCCAUCCUAUUUUCUACCAUGGAAUUGCAUUUUACUGGUCUGGAGCCUACAUCCCAUCUCCAGAAAGACCUGAAACUUGUAUAAUUCUUGCUUCCCAUCCCGAAUGGCCUUUUGAUGGAAACGUCUUCCAAAAUGGUACAAUACCAACUGCUGCUCUCUUUGGAUGUCAUGAACGGUCAAUGUGCAGUGGGACUAGAUGCAUCGAGCCGUAUACUCACUUUAAUGUGGUCACCUACACCCUUCUUGGCAUCGUGUUAUUCCUUCUUGUUUGCCUUCUUGGCGGAGAGCCAAAAAACAAGGAAAAGAGCAAACGGCGUGUUUCAAGGCAUUCAACGCUGGAUAACAUCUUUUUGCCAUGUGAUCAUCAAAUCAGAGUUGCGGUUCCACCGGAAUACACUCAUUAG